CGCUGCCAGUUUGAUUUACAUCGUGACCCACCGCCGCACCGCUCAGCUGCUGCUCACCUUUACACCCACCUUCAAACUCCUCUUACCCUGAGAGACUUUACACUGGGACCUCAGCGUCAUGCAGAAUAAUGGAUAAACUCUGGAGAACCUCUCACAGUGGAGGUGCACUCCUUCAGCUCUGCAGCCUCUGACUGUUUAAACCUUUAAAAAGCGACUUUACUCACUUGUAUUCAUGAUGCGAGGCUGCUGCAGCAGAUGACUGAAGUUUUGAGCCGGUUCCUGAGUUGGUGAAGCCGCUGGUAGGAAGUUGGUCACCGGGUGCCUCCUCCUCCUCCGCCUCGGUUUUUCUCCUCACCUGAGGCGCGCACCACUUCCAGCCAGGCCCCGGCGCACAGCCUCUCUCCGCGGGCCUCCCCUCCCUCAGCGGCGGUCAGGAUGGCCUCCGUGACACCGGGAGCUCUCGCCACCUGGAAAGCCACGAUCUUACUCUUCAACAUCAUCUCAGCCGCCGUGGCCAAACGACAUGUCGUGUACUGGAACUCCACAAACACCAGGUUAACGACAGGAGGUCUGUCCAUCCAGGUGAAUCUGAACGACUACCUGGACAUCUACUGCCCCCACUUUCCCAACAAGGAAACCCUGGGCCCCAGGCAGCCGGAGACGCUGGCCCUCUACCUGGUUAGAGAGGCAUCGUUUCAGGGCUGCGUGGAGACCAAAGGGGCAAUCAAGAGAUGGGAGUGUAACACCCCCUACGCUCCAUUUGGACCAGUGCGCUUCUCUGAGAAGAUCCAAAGGUUCACACCCUUCUCACUGGGGUUUGAGUUUCUCCCAGGGCACCACUACUACUACAGCUCUCUACCCACAGAUGAAGGCCCUCUUCUGCCAUGUAUGAAGUUGCGUGUCACUGUGUGUUGUGAGCCCACAUCAGAGGGUUUAAAACAAACACAAGUAACUGUACCUCAGAGUAGUUCUUCCUCACUGCGGAUAGCUCCACUCCUCUUCAUCCUUCUCCUGCUGACUACCUGACCCCCUCGUCUGUCCUCACCACCGACCUCGCUCCUGCUCUCCACAAGGAUCAGGAGUCACUACUCAGACGAUCAAGUACACAAUGCAAUCUACGCUCAGACAGCGAAUGACACAAUGCAAUCUACGCUAAGCUAUUGCAAAUGACCAACAUUACCUUGUGAGUGUUUGACCUGUGAAAUUCCAGGAAGAAUAUUCUCUGGUGUCUUCUUCAGAAAACAGUGGCCACAGUGACUCAGGGACUGAUUUACCGAAUCACUGUGAUUCAUUUCUUGUUAUUUCCUUCUGCCACUUGUAAGUAGCAGCUCAGAAUAUUACACACAGAGCUAGGCCUAGUCAUAAGACUCAUAUCCCAGUCUGCCUCUGCCAGAAGAACAAUGAGUCUGUCUGGACGUGUUCCAGCAAAGUUCUCUCACUUUUUCAUUUCUGUUCCUCAUCCUGUUUUUCUUUUUCUACUUAGAUUCCUGUAUUUGCUUUUUUAUUUUUUUUUAAACCUGUCUCCAGUUGAGAAUUGGCCAAAUAAACACAUUCUACUGCACUGAGUGGCUCAGGUUGGAGGUCGAUCAGUCAGCUGGUGACUUUUUUUUCUUUCCCGUUAUGCUGGAUAUGGCCAGACAAAAUUAAUUUACUCAUUUAUAACUGCCUAGUUUACAUCUGAGAAUAUUAAAUGUGUUUUAAAGCUAAUUAGAUUUCUUGGAAAGGGGAUUUUUAAGAAGAAAUGAGGAUUAUUCGGGAAAAGUCAGGAAAAGCUCCUGCGCCCCCUACUGGGAUCAGACUGGUUUAACUGGAAUUGGACUGGGUUGGCCCCGAACCCAGAACCUGGACACUCGAUUUUGGUGGUAUGUGGUAAUAAUGGCAUCUGGGACUAAGAUUGUUCCUCUCUGACUGGACCCCCAGUUAUUCUGCCUCCCCAGCCUCUCUGUUUACUCAUAAACAGAGAGCAUCAACACGUCUGUCUUCACUGAACACUCUGCAGACCACUGAGGAGGCUGACCAUGUGUGGAGAUGUGGCACACCAGCAUUUUGUUCCUUGCGUUGUUUAUUGUUUUCACAGGAUUCUUGAUGUUAGCUUUAACUGUAUAGUUAAUAUAUUCUGCACAAUAAGAUGUAUUAACUGUAUAAGUCAGUGAUUUAGUAAGAUCUGAUAUUUAAAUGCAAACAACUGGAAAUAAUGGCUUUUUUACCUACACAGACAAUGAUUUAUAUUCUGGAUAUAUAUGGAUUUAAUGGAUUCUUAUCAACAUGCUCUGCUACAAUGUAGUUUCCCAAGUGAAAGGAUUUAACGGUGGAAUUUAUUUAAUAUUGUAUGCCAUUUAGUUUCUUAAAGAAAUGGCUCUAAUUGACUUUCGUCGAUUAAGAAAAUAUUACAAGUAAUUACAUAUUAAUUUACUUAAUUUUAAGAUUGUAAUUGAAGAUAAUAAAUCUGUGUAUUUUCUUAAUGAAAUUAAAUAUAUAAGGUUAAAUCAUUAUUUCCCCACAAUAUUUGAGUGAUUUGAGGUCAGAAAAUCUAUAGAUUAAUUAUAUCAUUUAUUCUAAAAAAAAUACUACAUUGUUAGCACUUAAUAUAUUUCUUUUCUUCAAAGCAGUCACACCAGUCAUUGUUUUGUUUAUUUCCAAAAUGGGUGAUGAAAACCAAUGUUUAAAAAUGUUUAAUUUCAACGAUGUAGAAUUUUACAAUCAUGUACUUGUAGGAUUAUGAUGUUGAUUUCUUAAUGUGUGUGUGUUUGUAACGUGUUUCACAUUUUAGUGAAAAAUGUAGCUUCUUCUGUGAAGAGCCAACUGCAAUCUGAGCCUUUUUUUUUUACGUGGCACGUCAAAAUAAAUAUGAUUGCAUUAAAACAA